UCUCUCUGCUCUGGUGCUUCCACCUACGAAAGGAGAAGUCAGAAGAGAUGUCUUCCAGACAUUUGCAGUUCCGAGCUUCCUCUUUCACUCAUCUGUGGAUGGUAACUGCGCCCUUCUCCCCCAGAAGCUUCCUGUUGGGGCUUCCUACCCGGACAGACAGGCAGGUCCAGAAACUGGACAGUCCUGGAAACUCCUGGCCCCUUGGACAUGGACAGGUUGCUGCUGCUGCUGCUGCCCCUGCUACGGGAGGGGUCCCUGCAGCAGGAUCCGUGGUACCAGCUGCAAGUGCAGGAAUCGGUGACAGUGCAGGAGGGUUUGUGUGUCCUUGUGCCCUGCACCGUCUCCUAUCCCUUGCUUGGCCAGACCGACUCUACACCCAUUUACGGUGAAUGGUUCCGGAAAGUGGAUAGACCAUCCCAAAUGGACCUUCCCAUGGCCACAAACAACCCGGGCAGGGGAGUAAAAAAGAAGAGAAAAAUCCCAUUCCACCUCCUCGGGGACCCUGGGGCGAACAACUGCUCCCUGGGCAUCACAGACGCCCGGAAGGGGGACAGUGGAAACUAUUAUUUUCAGCUGAUGAGAGGUGAUGUGAAACAUAGUUACAAAAAUAACCUGCUCAUUGUGAACGUGACAGCGCUGACACGGACCCCCGAUAUCUACAUCAAGGAGCCCCUGGAGUCCGGCUCUAGCAGCCACAUGACGUGCUCCGUGCCAGGGGCCUGUGACCAGGCCAUGCCGCCCACCAUCUCCUGGACCGGGGCUGCCCUCCGCCCCCCGGGACUGGACUCGAAGGGGGCCUAUAACUCCUCGGAGAUCCUGCUCACCCCCGGCCCGCAGGACCACGGCACCAACCUCACCUGCCGGGUGACCUUCCACAGGGCUGGCGUGAGCACGGAGAGGACCGUCAUGCUCAACGUGUCCUACGCCCCCCAGAACCUGACCAUCAGCAUCUCCCGAGGAAAUGGCACAGAGCUGAAUUACCUGGGGAACGGCUCAUCUCUUCCUGUCCUGGAAGGAGAAUCUCUGCGCCUGGCCUGUGUCACCGACAGCAACCCCCCAGCCACACUGAGCUGGUCCCGGGGGAGCCGGACCCUGAGCCCCUCACAUCCCUCGAACCCCGGGGUCCUGCAGGUGCCCCGGGUGGUGUCGGGCCAUGAAGGCGAAUUCACCUGCCUAGCUCAGCAUCCUCAGGGCUCCCUGCGGACCUCCGUGCGUCUCUCCGUGCAGAACGCCCCGCAGCUGCUGGGACCCUCUUGCUCCCAGGAGGAGGAGGGUCUGCACUGCGACUGUUCCUCCCGAGCCCAGCCGGCCCCCUCCCUGCGCUGGCGGCUGGGGGAGGGGCUGCUGGAGGGGAAUUUCAGCAACGCCUCCUUCAAGGUCACCUCCAACUCGGCUGGGCCCUGGGCCAACAGCUCCCUGAGCCUCCGCGAGGGGCUCAGCUCUGGCCUCAGACUCGGCUGCGAGGCCCAGAACGUCCACGGGGCCCAGAGCGCCACUGUCCUGCUGCUGCCAGGGAAGCCCAAGCUUGGAGGAGAAUUCGUUCUGGGGGCCGUCGGAGGAGCUGGCAUCGCUGGCCUGCUCAGUCUCUGUUCCUGCCUCAUCUUCUUCACAGUGAAGACCUUCAGGAAGGCCCCCGGUGAGAAGGAUGCGCCCUCCAUGCUGGGUCCCACCUCCCAGGGUUACCGGCAUGAGUGUCCUCCAGGCAGCCCCCGGGACCUCCCCCUACCAGUGGUGGCCGCCCCCACUUCUGGGGUGGAACGGGAGCUCCAUUACGCCUCCCUCAGUUUCUACAUGCUGAGGCCCUGGGAGCCUCGGGACCAGGAGGCCGCCAGCACCACCGAAUAUGCUGAGAUCAAGAUCCAUAAAUGACGACCCCCAGCUCUGGAGACCUCCCCCGACCAGAGCUCCCCAAAGACUCUGGCUGAGGCUGUCGUUGGGCUGCAUCGCAUCCCUCCGCCCCAGCUGCCCCUCCCCCUCCCCUCCACAGCGACCCACCCCUGGGGCACUUCCUCCUCCCGACACAUUGCAUACUGGCCUCUCUCUGAGCCUGCUUCCUGGAAACUCAAUUUGUGUAUUUUCUCAGACAAAAAAAAUCAUUCACUGAUUACCUGAAAUCAAUGAUUCAAGGGUACCUCUUGAAUUUUGUGUCCUUGCUAUUUUGGUUCUCCUUAAGUUUCUGGUUUUGCAGAAUCUGCUUAUAAAAUUCCUUGCACUUCCAGUCUGUGUCCCUUUACAUUAUAAUAUAGUUUUUACGGGGGUCACAUCCAACUGAUUUUGUUCUUUUUUCCAUUGAGUGUCCAUUUAAUUUUUUCCAUUGUUUCCAUUCAUGAGGAAACAUGCCCAACAAGAGCAUUAUGGGCCAAGAUAGGGAAUGUGUUUUGGGCAUAAAGUUAAUAACUUCAUGCUGAUGACUGUUCUUCAAAUUGGAGGUGUUGAAGCAUGUAAUUCCAUCUUUCAUAGCGGAUUUUGCUUUGCCAUUUUUCAGGAUCAUGUUGCAUCUCUUGAUCAAUGACCUUUAAAAAUGGUGUCUACCGACAAAACAAGAGCAUGGUUGCCACUUUUUACCCCCUUCCUCAACAUGACACAAGAUGGUUCCAUGUGCUCUCAUGCUGGCAGAGUAUUUGGUAACAUCUGUGUAAGAGGAUCACAUUCUCCAAGACAUGAAGUCUUUUUGAAAAUAUCAUCGUGGGAAUGCCACAGUAAUUACCCACUUCAAGUCAGAAUUUCUUCUCACAGAUGUUGAAAACAGAUGGUUACCAAAGAGGAAAGGAGGCAGGGAGGGAUAAAUUAGGAGUUUGGGAUGAACAGAUACACACUACUAUAUAUAAAAGAGAUAAACAACAAGGACCUACUGCAUAGCUCAGGGAACCAUAUUCAUUAUCUUGUAAUAACUAAUAAGGGAAAAAAAUCUGAAAAAGAAUCUAUAUGUAUAACUGAAUUACUUUGCUGUACACCUGAAAUUAACACAACAUUGUAAAUCAACUAUACUUCAAAUUAAAAA